AUGACCGACUCAAAAGCUGUUGUUCCACAUACCCAUGAGGACCCUCCUUCUACUGCCGUAGAAGGGACCAGCGAGCCCCUUCUCCCAUGGUGGAAGCGAGUCUGGUGCCACAGUUUGACGCAGAUGAUUCUACUGAGCGUGCAAGCGUUCUGUGGACCUGCUAUGUCGGACGCAAUCACUGGCCUGGGUGGCGGUGGUCUUGCAAGUCCCCAGGUAUCUAAUAUCUCCAACGCAAUCAGAUAUGCCAUGCUUGCAGUCGUCUGCUUCCUGGGCGGUCCCAUUGUCAACAAAAUCGGCGUCAAAUGGGCCCUUGUCAUCGGUUCCUUGUCAUUUCCCAUCCAGGGCUCAGCAUACUACUGCAAUAGCAAGUUUGGAAACCAAUGGUAUCUCAUCCUAAGUGGUGCUAUCGGCGGCAUUGGCACUGCUUGCUGGUAUGUCGCCGAGGCUGGCGCCAUCAUGACUCUGGCGCCGUCUGGUGCCCGAGGAAAGUAUCUAGCGUUGUGGAUUGUGUCACGGAAUUUGGGACAGUUGGUCGGAGGGGCGAUCAACUUGGCGAAGAAUAGUAAGGAUGGAGCGGAUGGUGGAGUGACCCCUGACACUUUCAUUGCAUUUGUGAUCAUUGAGUGCAUUGCCCUACCAUUCGCUCUAUUGAUCAUUCCCUUCGAACAUGUUGUCCGCUCCGAUGGCACUAGAAUUGUGACAGCAGAGACACUCUCCAGUCGAAUGGAACUUCGACGCAUUGCGAAGACCAUUACCUCCAAGCUCAUCAUGCUUUCCGCCCUCUGGGCUUUGUGGUCGUUCUUUUACUCAGGAUCUUGGAGCACCUAUCUGGCCGACUACUUUUCCGUCCGCGCCCGCGCCCUCUCCUCCCUGAUUUCGCCUUUCUUCUGCAUUAUUGGCUGCUUUGGUCUCGGAUUCAUCCUCGACAUGAAGGGCAUGAGCCAGCGCCGCCGCGCCCAGAUCGGUCUCUACACCGUCGUCAUCCUCAACAUCGGCGUGUACAUCUGGUCCAUCAUCAUGCAGGUGAAAUUCGACCGUCACGACCCCGGUAACAUCGACUGGAACGAUGGCCUGUACGCCACGUCCUUCCUGCCCUACUUCUUCGUACAGACGACGGGCCCCCUGUCCCAGUCGUACAUGUACUGGUUGCUCUCAUCCUUUGCAACGGAUGCGCAAGAAAACGUCCGCAACGGCGCAGCAUUCCGGUGUAUUGAGGCUAUUGGCCAAGCCAUCGCCUAUGGCAUGAACACUCAGACGUCGAGUAGUCCACUUGUUGGCUUCUGCGUGACGUUCGGCCUCCUGGGCGCUGCCUUACUACCCAUGAUCAUGCUAGUCAACACAACGCCCGACCAGAUCCCCGCCGAUGUGAUUGCCGAGGAGCAGAAUGCUGCAAAUGCAAAGCUUCCGGUGGAGGAGCCUUAG